UCCGGGGCACAGUUUAGUUAUAGAGAUUUUUCUUUGUGGUCAAGGUGCGCAGUAAAAAUUGUAAAAAAAUUGCAAAUUUAUUGAAAAAACUAACAAAUUUCGAGAAUGCGAAGUCCCUCGGCAGCAGUUUCGGCAAUGCGAAGGAUUUGUCUGAUAUAAUGACUGGCAGCUUUAAGGUGCAACUCAUCAACAUGGGCACUCGCGCUGCCGCCUUUCAGGCAAAACUGAGAGCCCUUCAUGAAUACCAUGUACGCUUAUUGCACAACGUCUUACCUGCGCCCUCUGGCGUCGAUAUUGCUAACAAUAUCAAAUACUUUUCUCAAACUCUAUUAACUGUCCUUAAAGAUGUGCGCACCUCUCCGCACGAACUUAUACGCGAUCCUCUCGAAGACCCAACUCGCAUGUCUGCCUAUCCAAAUCUCGAAUAUGGCAAUCUCUAUAAUGCACUUACUAUGCUCAUUGAUGUGGCACCUUGCAUCCAGUAUGGACAAAUCGUCUUCGGCAAAGCUCUACUACAAUGUCUUAGUUGCAUUCUACCCUUUCUUGACAAGGAUCUUAUUGAUAAUCUACCCUAUCUAGUCAGCUCUACUAUAUCUGUACUACCGCCAGCCUUGCAUCAGGACAUUGUCAAUGCGCUGUGCUACUAUAUCUUACCCUUUACUAUAACACGUCGCAGCGCCGAUGAGCAGGAAUGCCAAGCUUGCCAGUCAGUCUCUUCAGUCAUCAUGAUGGUCCUGCAGUACUCUAAAAAUCCAGCCCAUCACUGUCAGCUUUUAGAGUGUCUGAUGACGUUGAAGCACAACGUGGUCAAGGACAUUCUCUGUGUGGUCGCCUAUGGCACAGCUGUCUCUCGCACCUCGGCUGCCAAGCUGCUCUUCUACUAUUGGCCCGCCUUCGAUGCCAAUCUCUUUGAUCGCAAGGUGCUGCUCUCAAAGCUAACGAACGACCUGGUGCCCUUCACCUGUCAACGUGAGCAUUGCCCCAAUGCCGGCAAUGCUGAGGCAGCCAAAGUGUGCUACGAUCAUAGCAUCAGCAUCACCUACGCCCCCGACUGUCCUCCCCCACUGUAUCUGUGCAUCGAGUGCGCUAAUGAGAUACAUCGCGAGCAUGCGAAUCUCGAGUUCGGCGACAUUCUUCAUCCCAUGCAGCAGGUGUCGAUGGUGUGCGAGAACAAAAACUGUCGCUCGAAUGAGAAGUCCGCCUUCUCAAUUUGUUUCUCCACCGAAUGCGCCAGCUACAAUGGCAAUCAUCCCAUACGCUAUUGUGGCCAGUGUCACAGCAAUCGUCACAACUCUCGACGUGGUGGGGAUCAUGUGGUGCAUCGCAGUUUGCAGCCAGCCUGGCAAAUGGAUCCAGAGAUGCAGAUGCACAUGGUCGAGUCUGUGGUCAGUUUGCUGCGCGAGGCGAAGCCGCUCAACUUUGAGCCCGGCAAGGAGUCCUCCUCGGAUGCCAAGAAGAAUGGCCACGCCCUCACACCCGACAACAUUUCUCUCGAGGAGCGACAGAUGCUGGGCCGCUAUGGCAUUUGGCUGCUCGUCGGUCGCUGCACUCCAACUGCGGACACACCUGUCGAGGUGCUGGGAAGAAUUCUGAGCAUGCUCUUUCAUUGGUUCCAUGUCACAGCCUACUCUUACGAUGCUGCUGGUCAGAUUGAAAGCACCAUAGAGAAGCUAAAGGUGGAUCAUGUGUGCAACUGGCUAAAGGAGAUCUGUCGUAUUCACUACAACGUCUUUAUCUCCUGCUUGCUGCCCCAUCCUCCGGAAUACGCUCGCGUUGGUGGCCACUGGGAGACACUUGCCUCCCGCACCAGCCACCUCAAGGAGGGACUGCAGCGUCUGAUCUGCCUGGUACCCUAUGAAGUGAUCACCUCGGAAAUCUGGGACUAUGUGAUGCCACAUUGGAUGGAGGCCAUAACGAAUGAUGUGGCCGAAAAGGAGCUGAAUGAACUAAAGAUUGUGCUGAGCAAAAUACUCGAUCCCGAAAUGUCGCCUCUGGGUUUCGAUGCCAAAACCAUGUACAAUUUUGUGGCCAUUCGCUUCGAGAAGACAACGGCCAAGGUACAACAGCAGGCGCUGCACUGGCUGCAGAUACUCACUAAGCUGGAGAUACUAAUUCCGCUGGUCCAACUCUUUGCCAUGUUUGGCGACGGAGUGCGCAUCAUGAAGUACGGCAUACAGCAUGAAUUGAUGCGCGAGAAGGAGAAGGAUCCGCAGGUGCAGCAGCAGCAGGCCAAGGCACCCAAGACGCCGUGCAAGGAGAGCAAGGCGGAGAUGGCCAAUCCACCCAGACGCAGCUCCAUUUCACCUGUUGUCGAAGAUGACUCUGGAAAUACUUCAGCUAUUUCAGAUGAUGAGGCACCUACAAAUCGUCACACGGAAUUCUCCACUGAUGCCGAGCAUAAUCUAACCUGUUGCAUUCUCAUGCUGGAUAUUCUACUCAAGCAAAUGGAACUCCAGGAUGUAGAGCAGCACAUGGGCAUUCACACAAGUGUCUGCGAGAAUGUCUCUCGUCUCAUCAAAUGCAUGGUAACUGCUGCUCGUGUUGGUCUCAGCAGCCAUGUCUGUGCUCUCAAGGUGGCAGAGUGUGCAUAUUGCGAGGCAUCCACGAUGUGGCAUCAACUGUCCACCAAGCUGGUUGAGUUCAUGGCUCCCCUGAAUCCUGUUAGGCCACCAGAUGUGCCUAUUGAGGACAUCAUCGAGGAGGAGAAAUCGUCACGCAAGUCGCCGCCGGAAUCGGAUAAGGAGAAGACCCGAGAACGCGAUGUUUCCCUGUCCAUGGCACCUUUGCCCAUUCCCUUGGGUCCACUUGGAGGCUUUGCAGAUAUCUUUAAGCUAGAUCAAUUCUUUUCAGACGAUGGAAAAAUUAUUAUAAUGGCAGGUCCUGUCCCUGUGGCCGUACCGCAACCUGAACCGCACUCCGUGGGCGGAGUGCUCGUCCAUAUGCCCCACGUCUGUUCCAAUAACGAAAAUGGGCAUUCAGUUGAUAAUAAUGAAUUGAGAAAAGUUCACGCCACAGACGAGAUCAUGACGGCAACGGUUGAAACAGUUUCAGAGCAACUCGAUCUGGCCUCCAUAUUGCCCACAGAUCGUGCCAUCGCUCGUUCCAUCACGCUCUCCGAUGCAGAUGUUGGCAGUGCCAAUGUCAGCGUAACCAAGGCCUCGGUGAUGGGCGAAAAUGGCGCCAAUGGUAGCAAUGGCGGGGAGAAUGGCAGCGGAUCGGAUGAAGACGAGGAGGAGGAGGAUAGUGAUGAUUUCUGGCAUACUUCGGUGGGCAAGUUCAAAUUUACGCUCGAUCAGUUGCCACAACCACUGCAGUACAUUCACCAACUGCUAACGGAAAUACCAACUAUCAAGAAACCGGAGAUACUCUACUAUGUGUUGCAGUGCCUGAAGACGAUGGCGCUGCAUGGCGAUGCUUUGGCAAAGGCGGCGAGGGAACAAAGGGGCUUCUUCAUCUGGUGCCAGGAGAAUUUGUUGAUCAAAAAUUUGUGGGAGCUGUGCAAUGCGGAGCACUCGCACAUUUGUCAGGUGUGCGUGCCUCUGCUGCUGCACUGCAUCACGCUGCCGCUGGGCUCGGAUGUGUUCUGGCGCGUGGUGCAGGAGGCCUUCCACGAUGUGGAUUGGCGGGUACGCUUCACGGCAGUGGAACGAGUAACCGUGAUUACACGUUUUAUGGAUUCGACACCGCUGCGCUCUGAGGUGGGACUGCAAACGGCAUUGGCGACCGCCUUCUGUCAUCUGAUUGCCAGCAUGGAUGACAUCAAUGUGUAUGUGGCGCAGCGGGCGACUCUCUAUAUCGGAACCAUACAUGAUACGGCAAUACGGUCACUGCUCUUCUGCUUGGAAUCGCAAUUCGAUCUCUUCAUUGUCGAUCGACCCGUGGUCCUGCAAUCUGUCUAUCAGCUGCACAACUCUCUCUCCGAUCGCAAAAUGCUCGGCUGGGAGUUCUUCCUGAAUCGCUUCGAUACGCUCUUCGUCGAGGCACAAAUCAAUCUAGAGAAAUGUGGCGAUAUUUCAUAUUUGCGCGAUCUCCGCAACUCCGACAAUGGCAGCGAAGCGCUCUCGGCCAAAAUAUUGAAAGCACGCGAGGCGCUCAGUCAGUCGGACACCAGCGGUAGCAUGGCCAAAACAUUGAGCGCCUCCUUUGGCACUAAGUGGCCCUAUAAACGGACCAUGUCCGCGCCAGCCAGCAUGGCUCCACGCCAGGAUUCCAAGUUCGCCGUGCCGGAGAAAGAGAAGAUCUACAGUCGCCAAGUGUCGGCACCCAUAUUGAAGCGGAAGACCUCGCGCUUUGGAUUGGGUCAGUUCCUAGGGAGUAGUAGUGGCAAUCAAAAUGCCAGCACAGCUAGUCAUAGUGUCGCCACAACUAGUAAUCCAUUGCAUACACGCUCGAAAGCCGCCCUGCCACCGCCCCCUUGUCCCAUACACCAUGCCCCGCCACACAACACUGCGUUUACCUAUCACCACCAUCCACAUCCACAUCAUCAUCCGCAUUCACAUCCACAUCCACAUCCGUAUACACACGCGACACACCAUCCCCACACACACACUUACACUCACACACAUCCGCAUUCACACACAGCUGGUAGUAGUGCACAAGUAGCGACGUUUGCCUCGGCUCAUAGUCAAAGUCACCAGUAUUUAGUGCAUUGCGUACCGCCUAGUCAUCACAGUCCAAUGCCCACGCUGCAGGAGGCUGAGACCUUGCUGCGCUCCCAGGCUGCCCAGCAGCCCUUUCAGCCCUCGACUAACGCCACAACUUCCACAACGAUCACUUCGAGUUCCAUGCAACCAGCAACAGUCGCAACAGCAGUAGCAGCAACAACCACAGCGACAGUGACUACCAAUGCAACUAGUACAACAAGUGCUGCUGGCAUGCCAACAACAGCAUCCUCGACAUCGGGCCACACCUUUGCCACCUCCCUACAUUCCCAUUUCCAAAAGCAUCCCUCGGCACCAAAUCUGUUGCCGCCACAGCCAAUGGUGACUGCACCCAGUCCCAGUCCCUCGGCACUGGCCUUUCCCAUGCAUUGCACUUGUGAUGUCGCUCCGCAUUCGGGUGCCAAUGCCGCCGCCGCCGCUGGCACCACGGGCAGCACCACGGCCAAUCCAGAUGGACACAUCCAUUCGCUGGGCGGACUUAACGAUGAUAAUCUUAUCGGACUACUAAGUCGCAUUACAGAACUGGAGGAAUCGGAUCGAGAGACAAUUCAUUUGCUAGUCUUUAUGCUCAUGCAGUUCAUGUCACGCACAGAUCAGGCAUUCCCAUCGGAGGAUAAACCCGUGACCAGGACCCAGAAUAUCGUGUUGAAGCAUUUGUUCUUGCUCUUGGGACACAAUCAGAUCGACAAGACCUUCCACACCACCCCCGAUUCCUUGCGUGUUUCCGCCGUCUUCAAUGCUUUCUUGGCCAAUCUGCCACAAGUGCUGGAUCAGAAUCAUUUGAUUGGAGGUCUCAUCUUGCCCUCGGUCAUGCAGAUUAUUCUGUAUGCUCCCAAUCCCACCCACACCUCGGGUGAAUCCUAUCAGAAUAUUGUCUUCAACUAUUCUCUGUGGCAUCUGGAGCAGUAUCCACGGCGCAAUUGGCUCUUUACGCUGCUCGUUGUACUCUACAAGUAUUCCUACACCCAGCCACCGUUGAGCGGUUAUGUCAUCUCGGCCAUACGCAUGAUUAUGAACAGUUUGCGUGGACAUUUCCAUCAGUGUCGACGCAUUCCCACAACUACCAUACUGGACAUUCAGGGUGUGGGUGGUGCAGCUAGGUCACGCGAUGUCAGCCAACCUUCGCUGGGCACAGAUCCCGAUGAUAAGGAGGCCAGCCCACCGGCCAGUCCCAUGUUUCCAUCCGAAGGCACCAGCGCUGCCUCCAAGAGCAAGGGUCAAAACGUGGCCUUCACACCAAAGCUGCAGCACGCGUUCCGCAAAUACAACGAUUCCAGUUUGGAUGCCGAUGAAACCGAGUCCGAAUUGGUGGCCAUACCCGAGAGCGAUCUCUCGGACAGCACUCUUCACGGCAGCAGUGCUCCGGGCUCCUUCGAUGACACCAUUCAUUUUGAGGACAUUCUGCCCACUGCUAAGAUGGAACUCCGAAAUCGUCGCACCGUGGAAUACACCGAGGAGAAGUCCAGCAAAUCGCUAAAGUCAAUGAUCACUACCAAAACCGGAGAUACGUAUACGACCAAGAUCAAGGGCAGCACCAGCGAAUCCGUGAGCACCACCGUGGUAACAACUCACACUCGUCACAGUCUGCAAGAAGGUGUUCGCAUGAUUGUCACUCCGCUGGUCGGACCGGAGACUACAGAGACAGCCAUCGUGAGUCCUCCAGUGGACGUUCAUCGUGCGGUGACCGUGCGCAACAAGUCGCUGGAGAAUGCCGCCGCCUCUACAUCGAAAAUGUUUGCAGCCAUUGCCACGAAUCAUCUCAAAGCGUUGGGUGCACUCCAGGAUAUGCCCGCAGCCACCACAGCUGCUGCUAGCGUGUCCAGCAAACCCGGCUCGAGCAGCGGCAGCGGCAGUCGCUCGACUAAUGGCGGCACAGCUGCUCCAGCGGUAACAACCAAACCCAUUGGACGCCACAAGACAAUUGUGGAGUGCAGCGCAGGCACAUCGAGCUCCUCGGCUGACGAAGCUCGUCGCGAGAAGAAAUCGCAAACCAAAUCGCUGCGACGCACAGAUAAAACUUAUGGCUCACCCGAUUCGCCGCUCUCCAAGAUGAGCGUCAUGCCCAAUCCUAGGGAUGAAGUCGAUGCUGGUCUGUUGCCGCCGCCCAAGAGCAUUGCUGCUCUCGAGAUACCAACGCCAGAGCGUCUGCUGCCCAUUGGUACACAGGACACAGUGGCCACAUUAGUGGAGCGUGUGCGCGAUGGACUUAAUCUACCGGACAUCAGUCACCUGAAGCAGGACAGUCUGGAUGUGUCGGAGAGCACCAAGGACGAUGUGACAGCCAGCAGUCGCAACAAUUCGCCACGUCGCCUGAUCAAGCAGGUUGCCCUAGAAUCGCCACCUAAUCCCAAUGCAGCUGCUGCAGCCGCUUCAACGGAUGCGCAGACGCAAGCGUCUUCGCUGGCACAAUCGCAAGCUCAGCCUGAUUUGCACACUUCCAUACUGAAGAAUGUCACCCAGGAUCUAAAGCAGACUUCAGGGGACCGUCCAACAAAUGCCGCAGGACCUUCAGCCACAUCGAACAGCAUUAAGCGUCCGCGCCAGAAACUUGCGCCCUUCAAUGUGGACACCAAUGCCAUACCAGAUAUACGCUCUCGAUAUGCUGGCUCAUGGCCACCGCCGCCUUUCCAGCCAGCUGAGGAGCACGACGAGGACGGCGAUGAGGCCACCGAUAUGCCCAAUGGUCACACCACACACGCAGCCAAUCAUGCACCACGUGGGAGCUCACGGCGAGUUGGCGACUAUACCAUCGUGGAACGCUGCUCGGAUUGUGGCGCAGUCAUAGAGGAAUACACGGAUGAAGAGAUUGGCAUCUUGAUUGUCAUUCUAGGCACCUUCAUACAUCGUGAACCCGCCAUGGCAGCUCCCUUUUUACCCGAGGUGCUCACCAUCUCAUCGCGCAUCUGCUUGAGCGGAACUCAUGCCUGGCAGGGUGAGAAUGGUCUACCACUGGCCAGCAGUGCUCAGGCUGUAGCUCUCCAAUUCAUACGCUGUGUACUGCAUCAGCUGGCGCCCAAUGGCAUCUUCUUGCAGGUUUUCCAAACCCAAAUGAAAAUCAAGAUACGCCACAAUCACUUCCGCAGCAUUGCCAAAGCGCUGCAGGACUUCCAGGAUCUAAAUGCCACCAGUCCCAUCUAUAUGGUCUGCGAAUCGUUGACCUCCAAGAAGGCUUUGCCCAUCGAUCAGCUGCCCGUCAUCUUCCGCAACAUGGCCGAGUAUCUGCAAUGCGUGCCCGCCGAGGCGGGAGUUGGACUCGCGGUCUGGUCACAAGCAAUGCAGGCCAUGGAAUCGCUACUGCGCCAGGUCAUCGUGAUCAUGCCCAGCCUAAGCAAUGCCGAGUAUAUGCUCGAUCUCAUUGCGGCCACAUUACGCUUGAAUUGCGUGCCUAAAACACUGCUGGAUCCCUACUCCAAGAUUAUGGCUUAUUGUGUGCAGCACACGAAUCUCGAGUAUCAAACCCUCUAUGAUUUGUGCACGUUAAAUACACGCUCCUUUAACAAGGAUCGCGACAAGAAUUUGCUAUGCCGUCAGAUGAUCUUUGAGUUUGUGCAGGCUUUGAAAUUUAAGUCCAAUAUACCCGAUCAUAAUCUGCUCAUGAUCAUUGGCUUUGUGCUGCUCGAUGCAGGCGGUACUCUUCCACCUGGAGCUCUGCCUGGCCUACCAGAUGCAGCGCCCGUGCUGACCACCAAUGCAGCGGAUUGCUUGCGUACAUAUAUCAACGAUGUCAUUGAUUUUCUUGCCGAUUUCCAUACGCUGAGCAAAAUCAAGAAUUUCAAGAACGGACAGUCGAGCAAUGGCCUGGGCGAAGACACCUUGGGUGGCGUGCUAAAAGGCGCUGUGGCGCAGUAUCUGGCUUUGGAAAUGUCGCGUGGCAACUCGCGGGACAACAAAGCUGUCGCUCGCUAUCUUCCCUGGCUCAACAAUGCGCCCUCCUCGCUGCAACAGGGUCCCAAGGAAUUCACCGAGUGCGUGGGUCACAUGCGUCUGCUUUCCUGGCUGCUACUUGGCUCCCUCACCCACAUGGCAUUGAUGCAGCGUCGCCAGGAGACACAAACGUUGCCACCUCCAGUGCCACCAAAUGUGGCACCUGGUCAAGGACAACCACCGGCUGCAACUGUGCAUUACCAGCAUCAGGGCGUCACUUAUUCCCAGCCUGUGCCGCAGGAAGCUUCUUGUCACAUUGCCGAUCACAUUCAGGUCAUAUUCGCUGGCUUUGCCGAGCAAUCCAAGACAUCUGUGCUGCACAUGUCGUCGUUAUUCCAUGCCUUCACACUGUGCCAACUGUGGACCGUCUAUCUAGAGCAGAUGGCGCACAACACCAACAGCAAUGCCGAGGGCAGCACGUUGGGUGUGCUCUUUGAGUUCUGGACCAAAGUGACACCUUGUAUACUCCAGUUGGUCUCACAUGCUAAACCGGCAAACAAGGAUAUGCAUGUCCAGUCCAGUGUUGAUUUCCAAACGCAAAGUGCCAAUUCAAAGCUGUCCGAGAUGGUUAAUUUGCAUUUCCUCAGCCUGCUCGAAGCGCUGAAGGAGACCAACUCCACGGUGCUAGGCAAAUUAUUGCCCAUGUGGAGCACUGUGCUCUCGUCGCAGACACAGCUCUCGGAUACGUUACAUGUUCGGCUGCAGAAUGUGCGCGACUAUGCGCCGGAUUAUGAGGAGUUGCAGACUAACAAAUCGGAGGCGCUGCUUAAGUGGUUGCAGCGUCUGCAAUUCAAGAUGGGACAAAUCGAGUUGCAAGCCUCAACAGCCACACAGUUUUACUCCAUUUAAAUUAAAGCUUAGCAGCGUAUUUGCCUUAGAGCCAAAACCACAUAGAAUCUACAUGUUAUCGAUGUUGUAAUCUGCGUUAUGAAAAUAUAGACAAUUUAAAAUAUUAA